GAAUACUUGAACGUCUGUAGCGAUCGCUCACAAGCGAGUGGCUGUGCAGUCAUUGGAGGGGCGAACAAGUUCGACAACAUAAGAAACUCAUCGAGCGGGCUCUUCUUCACGCAGCCAUGGCGCAGAACACGUAUUCAUACUAUUCCACGCAGGGCCGCUUUGACGCUGGAAUGCAAUCGUACCCUCAUGUUCCAUACCCUCAGCAACUUUCACAGCUGGCACAGCCAGAGCCAUCUUACACCCAUGGUGGCCAACCGUACGGUCAGCCGGCAUACCCUACUCAGUCAAAUACCCUUUACUCCUAUGACCGAGCGACUGCUCCGCGCUCCCCUUUGCCGCCACCUCCCCGCUCUCCCAUCCCCACAGCGCUCCUGGCAGGCUAUCAUCAUCCUUCGCACGUGCAGCAUUCACUUCAUACGCCUCCUCAGAGUCACCCUGAGCCACAACGUCCCUCUACACCAGUACAACCUGCAUCAUCGCCGAUAGCCUCAAUGCCAGCCCGCCGACCACUCCCUAACCCACACGCGCGCCGUGCCGACUCGCUGGGAGCGCCGACCUCUGUCCCACCGACAGCACCGUCUCCACGUCCGCGUACGCCAUUGCAUCGGCCGGCGCUGUCCGUUCCCACUCUUCCAAGUGUCAACACGAACUUGGGCUCACCGAUGUCUCCGCAGGAUCCUCCACCGCAAAGCACGACUGCAACAGUUCCUCCGCGGCCCCUACCUCAGCCGCAGACCCUGCCACAGCCCAAGCCCUUACCACAGCUUGAAGCUCCAUCACAGCCUCAGCCUCUACCGCGCUCGCCUGCCCAUUCUAACCUGGCGCAAAGUGUGGCUCAGUCUGCGAGUGUGGUGUCGGAAUCUCCGAAGGACUCGUUGCCACAGAUUGCACCUCCAGGGCAGAAGUUUGUUCCGCACUGGAGACGUGCAUUGCCUGCACCAGGAAAGCCGGCGUCCGCGUUUGCGUCCUCUGGACAGCAACAGCAGAUACCCCCAGCAGUAAGACGCGGGACCUUCUCUGGACCUGCAUCAACGCCUCCGCCUGCAAGCGAUGGCUCGUUGCGCACUGUCCGGCCGCUCCCCCAGUCUCCAGGCCGGCCUCUGCCGAUCCGUGCCAGGAGCUCAUCCGAGCAUCCACUUCCUCAGGUGCCUAUAGUACAGGCACCACUCACGCAGCUCACACAGUCGCCACCUAGCUCUCCUCCCCGCAUGCUCCCUCGUCCGAGCAUCCCGUCAAUACGCCCUUUACCCUUACCCAACCCUGUGUCAAGCGCUACGGCAGCUGCCGAGGCAGAUAGUUCGGACGACGAAGACUUGAGCUCACAAGCGUUACUCUCGCGCCCACCGACUCGUAGCGAACAUAACGUUUCGGAUGUCCACGGAGCUGUCUCGGAUGAGCAAAGACACCAAUAUGGCAUUCUUGACCUUCCAUCCCGCAUUCGUUCAACUCCGAGCAAUACUAGCGACAUGAAAUCAAGUACACAGAGUAUCGCAGCCCGAAUUUCUCCUUUAGGGAUUCAGGAGGGGCAGCCGGCCGCUCCUAACAGCACGAUCAUCAGACCUGGCAGUCGUGCAUUACCCUCCCCACGCCCACCAUCGCGUACACAUGGCUACUCUCAAUCAGUGCCAUCAGUGCCGAUUGUAAACGGAGCACGCGCGCAGGCUGCUCCGCCUACGACUCCCAUCACGCCCGAUGCAGGUUCACCGAAAUGGCCUUCAGGAUUGCCUCCGCUUCCGCGAGCACCGUUACCAAGCCCCGCUAUUGGAAACACUGAUGGGAGCGCCUUCCGAAGUAUGGUCGACCGCGCUCUUCCAAGUCCAUCGCCGCGCCCGAGAGUGCUGGAUCUUAGCCUGGACGAUGCUCCCCCGCCGUCGCUGAGGCGCUCGCCGUCGCCUGCACGGGCGCCUACUGAGGUACAGUGCCAACAGUCGAAUAAUUCUGAUCGCAGUGUCGUGUCGGAUACAGUCAAUGGCUCGUCGAAUCGCGGUCCCUCGCCUUCGUUGAUCAGGAUACAGAUCCGUGGUCGUGCCAUAUCACAGUCCAAUGGUUCCUCGUCUUCUGCGCCGAAUGGCGCCAGGGCUCCGCUGCCCAGGAGACCUGGACCGCCCGCUCUGCCGUCGCACAAUGCUAACUCUCCCGUGUCUGUUACGAUUCCAUCAUCUGCAACAUCAGCGUUCAAACCGUCCGCAUUCCCUCGUCCACCCUCGUCGACACCGUCGUCUCACCCCCUCCCUGCCAUUCCCACUGUACGCUCACCCGCUCCUAACGGGAACCCGUUCGCCGUGGCAUCCCCCACCUCCGCUGGCUCGGGCUCUUCCGUGUUCACGCUUUCGUCGUUCCCUCAGCCUCCCGCCCGCAGCAGAGCUAGUGAACCGAUUCGUCAGGCGGCCGACGGAGGCAACAAGAAAGAGGGGGCGCGUCAGCCGAUACCCAAGAUCUCAUUCCCCGCUAGUGCUGAUGACAACGACAGCGAGGACAGCGACGGCGGCUCAGGACCGAUCAUCUCUAUCUCAAUGCCCGGAGAUGAAGCGCCCGUCGUGUCGAUCUCGGUAUCCGGUGAUGACGGACCGGACAUUCCGAGCAUAUCUGUAGGGGAUGAAGCCGACCAUGCGCCUGCGGCGCCAGAGCUGUCUCUUCCUGGUGCGAGAAAAAGGCUUGCGAAUAGAGGAAGUCCAGCGGGGCGGGUGAUCUACAAGGGCCCCGGUUUGAUAUGCGGCGGCUGCGGUGGUAGCAUUGUUGGGCGUACGGUGAGCGCGAUGGGCGCUCGGUGGCAUCCGGGAUGUUUCCGUUGCUGUGUGUGUGACGAGCUGCUGGAGAAUCUGAGUAGCUAUGAGCAUGAAGGGAGAGCGUACUGUCAUUUCGACUAUCAUGAGUUAUUCGCACCUAAAUGCUACCAUUGUAAAACUGCGAUUGUCGACGAACGCUUCAUCACGCUGGACGAUCAUGAGCUUGGAAAGCGUACAUAUCACGAGCAGCAUUUCUUCUGCGCAGAAUGUGGGGAUCCAUUCCUCUCUCCGAAGACUUAUCGCAACCUCUCAGGCGAGCUCACGUUCUCCGGCGAUGGCGACUUUGGCGGAGGGGAUGACAUGCUGCGCUUCACGGUCUAUCGUGGACAUCCAUACUGCGAGAAUUGCCAUGUACGAUUACGCUUGCCGAAAUGCAAGCGAUGCAAGAAAUCGAUCCGGGAUGGUCAGCGGGCGGUAGAAGCUCUUGGGGGGAAGUGGUGCUGGGAGUGCUUCGUAUGUGCGAGCUGCGAGAAACCGUUCGAGGACCCUUCGUUCUUCCAGAGGGACGGCAAACCGUUUUGCGAGAACUGUUUCAGUAUCAUGAUCAGGAAUGAAGUCUAACGGUUAUGCCUAUGCCUCACUUGCGCGCAUUAGAUCCUUUGUGAACCCAUGUUUCCUGAUGUUCUUUGUAUGUCUUAUGUUUGGCCUCUCACAAAUCCGAUGUGGGACACGAAGCCGGGGAGUAGUGUACGGCUACAUCCGACGGAUUGAUACCGAUGAACUCAUGGCGGGGGCUCGAUCCAAUGUCAGAACAUGCGCCUCAGACCAUUGAAG